AUGGCUGGACCACGUUCCGAAGCUGUUUGCACAAUGAUCGAAGAAUGCGGAGGCCUGGACAAGAUAGAGCAUCUGCAGAAUCACGAAAGUGAAGAGAUUUACAAGUUGGCCUACGAGAUCAUCGAUAGCUACUUCUCAGUAGAAACGGACGAUGAUGGGAUCGCCGGCUCGGAGCAUUUCUUCGAAUCCACCCAGCAAAAUGUGCCAUCCGAGGGAUUCUCGUUCCAGUAG